UUGCUAACAUUAUGGACAUUGUGUUGUACUGUUAUUACACAAGCGGUCUAACCCAUCGACUACGAAAUCGAAAGUGUUAGCAUAUCGGAAGUUACUGUAAAAUGAUGCAAAAUUCGAGCUUGGGGUAGUAAUAACUAAGCUUGGUCAGGUUAGGGAUGUUACUGUGGAGGCUUAGUUCUUCGUAAACGAUUUUAGAUAAUGGCUCACCGGUUGCUGACAACUGCAAGAAAGUUGGAAAAGUUGCUGUGGAAUGGAAUUAGACGUGGCGAUAUUAACAACUCAAUGUUGAGGAGGAACCUUUCAAUACUGCAGAAAUCAGCAAACUCUCCUAGUUUGGCAACAAUCAUACGGGAAUGGCAAUUGAUUUGUGAAAGACCUCCAAAGGGUUUUGAGAAGUUUUUCAAACCAGGUACUGGCAAACAAUCAUCAAAAAAUGGAAAACCGAAGGAAGAUGUUCCAAAAGAGGCACAGCAGCCACCACCUUCGAGAGGAACUAGUCAGCCUCCACCCAAGUCUACCCAGAGGCCGUAUGAUCAAUGGUCAUUUGGGAUGUUUGGAGGUCAGUCCAGGGGUACUGGCCCAGGAGGUGGAAAGCCAUUUGGUGAUGGAGGAGAUCGUGAGAAAUGGCUUGUACUUGGCAUGAUAGGCACUGUGGCUCUUCUUGGAACCCUAGCAUUUUAUGAGAUGGGUUAUAAGGAAAUAGCCUGGAAAGAAUUUGUCAACAAUUACCUUGCAAAGGGAAUUGUGGAAAAACUUGAAGUUGUCAAUAAGAAGUGGGUCCGUGUACGUUUAAUGCCAGGAAACACAGUGGAUGGCUCAAGUGUGCUCUGGUUCAACAUUGGCAGUGUUGAUUCAUUUGAAAGAAACCUUGAAAAUGCACAAAUUGAAAUGAAUAUUGAGCCACCAAACUUUGUUCCAGUAAUAUAUAAGACUGAACUGGAAGCUGCAAGCCUUACAGGCAUUCUUCCCACUUUAAUGAUAAUAGGAUUCUUGAUUUAUAUGAUGCGAAGAUCAGCUGAAGUGAUGGGAGGACGUAGCGGCCGGAAAGGUGGUGGCUUGUUUGGUGGUGUUAUGGAAUCAACUGCCAAAUUAAUAAACUCGAGUGACAUUGGAGUGAGAUUUAAGGAUGUUGCCGGGUGUGAAGAAGCUAAACUGGAGAUAAUGGAGUUCGUUAAUUUUCUCAAGAAUCCUCAGCAGUACAUUGAUUUAGGAGCUAAAAUCCCCAAAGGUGCAAUAUUAACAGGUCCUCCAGGAACUGGCAAAACGUUACUUGCAAAGGCAACUGCUGGUGAAGCAAAUGUGCCUUUCAUAACAGUUUCAGGUUCUGAAUUCCUUGAAAUGUUUGUGGGAGUUGGCCCGUCUCGGGUCAGAGACAUGUUUGCUAUGGCACGAAAACAUGCACCUUGCAUUCUAUUUAUUGACGAAAUUGAUGCAGUUGGUAGAAAAAGAGGUGGUCGUGCUUUUGGUGGCCAUUCAGAACAAGAAAAUACUCUGAACCAGCUGCUGGUUGAAAUGGACGGAUUUAAUACAACUACUAAUGUGGUUGUGCUCGCUGCAACAAAUCGUGUUGAUAUACUAGACAAAGCAUUGUUGCGACCUGGUAGAUUUGACAGACAGAUAUUUGUUCCUGCUCCAGACAUUAAAGGAAGAGCAUCAAUAUUUAAAGUACAUUUACAGCCUUUAAAAACUAGUUUAGACAAGACUGAUCUGGCAAGGAAAAUGGCAGCCUUAACACCAGGUUUUACUGGUGCCGACAUUGCUAAUGUUUGUAAUGAGGCUGCGUUGAUUGCUGCUCGUGAUCUGAGUGAAUCUAUAUCAAUGAAAAACUUUGAACAAGCUAUUGAGAGAGUUGUAGCGGGAAUGGAGAAAAAAACUAAUGUCCUUCAGCCUGAAGAGAAGAAGACCGUUGCAUAUCAUGAAGCAGGGCAUGCUGUAGCUGGAUGGUUUCUUGAGAAUGCUGAUCCUUUAUUGAAGGUCUCCAUCAUUCCUCGAGGUAAAGGAUUAGGAUAUGCCCAGUAUCUCCCUAAGGAACAGUAUCUUUAUAGCAAAGAACAGCUGUUUGAUCGAAUGUGUAUGACUUUGGGAGGAAGAGUAUCAGAAGAAAUUUUCUUUGGCCGAAUUACAACUGGUGCUCAGGAUGAUCUCAAGAAAGUAACACAGAGUGCAUAUGCCCAGGUUGUGCAUUUUGGAAUGAAUGAAAAGCUAGGAAAUAUAAGUUUUGACAUGCCUCAACCUGGAGAGAUGGUUUUGGAGAAGCCAUAUUCAGAGAAAACUGCUCAGCUGAUUGAUUCUGAGGUUCGUCAAUUGAUACAGAGCGCUUACGAACGUACAACUUCGUUACUUACUGAUCAUAAAGAUGAUGUCCGAAAGGUUGCAGAACGCCUGUUAAAAAAAGAAAUUUUAAGUCGGGAUGAUAUGAUUGAAUUGCUUGGGGCACGACCGUUCCCUGAAAAGUCAACAUAUGAAGAAUUUGUUGAAGGAACGGGGUCAUUUGAAGAAGACACAACUUUACCAGAGGGUCUUCGUGAAUGGAAUAAAAGCAGAGAGCAAGAUGGAAAUACUGACAGUGGAAAAAGUGAGGAAGAUCUUAAGGGCAAAAAUACGGCAAUGAAGAUCAGUUCAGCAUAAGAUACUAUGUAGAACUCAUCGAGUACUAGUUGCUGGCACCCUCAUAAGCGAGUGAACCUGACUCAUAGGAUGCCUCUGCGAGUUACAGUUAAUCAACAUACCAAAUUGCAUUGUCUUCAAAGAGUGCCAGUUGAUGAGCCAAACAUAAGUGGCAUUUUAUCAUCAGUAAACUGGUCUGAGCAUUUUAAAAAUGCUCUUUUUCUAUGCCAUUAGCAUCAGUUUGCACAUUUUAUAUAUGUGUUGUAUCUGUUAAAACUUUUUUAUUUUAUUUUUAAUUGCUGCCAGUUCAACUGAGGAAUACUUUUGUAAAACAUUGCUGAAGAACCUAUGUAUUCAAAAUGUUUCUGAAAUACAAAUCAGUAUUUAUGAUUCAGCAGAAAUACAGAAGUAUUUGUAAAGUUUGUGAUCAUUUUUGUAUAAGUGUUUUCAUUGUUUAAUCAUUUUGUACAUAAAUGAUUUUCUAGGAUAUCUUUUUUUCACAUUUGAGUCCAUUUUUGUAGGGUUUGUUGUUUUGUGACAUUUCUAAUAUGUUAUAAUAGGUCCCAUCAUUUCCAUUACUCAGAUUUCAGAAUCAUUUUAGAAACAGGUUGUGUAGUUUGUAUGUGGAGAUAUUGAACGUCAGACUUGUGGAUUUAUUUUGGUAGAUAGUGCGAGUUACAUAGCAUGUUGCGAAGGCUUCAUUCAUUUUGUGGACUUAAAAUGAUGAGGGUAAAACAGUGUGAAGGGUAUAGAAUGAUUCAUGUGAGACCUGAAGCCACCCAUUUUACUGAUCUUCAUGUUACAGUUUCAUUGUAAUAUGCAGAAAGAUAUAAAUUAGAGAAAAAGUAAACACAAACUGCUCAAAGGAUCACAGUUUUAAUCACAUGAAAUUGUAAGAUGCAGGUAGUGGGAAAUCUAAGUAUUACUGUACGAGAAAAACCUUACUAAAUUGUAAACCACAUAGCUACUAAAUAGAAGCACAAAGAUAUUACUCUUGUUAUUCAGUGCAUUGAAAUUCUAAAGUAUAACAUGUUACUGUGACUGCCAUAUAUACUUCGUAUAUCUGGUACGGUUGAUUAACUGUCAACUAAAACUUGAGAUGUGUGAAAACAGUGAUGUGCCUGUACAGAUUAUGAAGGUUAGUAUUUAUUGUAGAUGACAUAUAAUUUUUUUAAUUAAAAAAGAAAAUGAAAAAUGA